AUGGAUUUACCAAGAUUUAUUCCAUUAGAACCAUAUCAAACACAUGAUAUUGAUGAAUCAAUUUCACCACUUAUAAUGGAUCAAUUGUUUGAAGAAGCAUUCAAAACAACACGAUUUACAAUAUUUACUGCAUACGAUAACAACUUAGGAGAUCGAAUAUACAUUGAAAUAAUUCGACCUUUAUCAUCAUCGAUUAUGUUGUGUCUUAAGAAGUCUUAUGGAUAUUCAUCUGUUCAAAUUAAUCAAAUACAUGAAUUAUUAUCCAUUAUUUUCGAUUUUAAUAAUCGUAUUUAUUUAUGGGGAGAUAAUCUUAAUUAUAUCAUGGGAAUAUUAGAAGAAUAUGAUUUAUUUGUUUAUGAUCAUAUCCUUCAUCCCAUUGAUGUUUUUGAUGUACACGAAUACUUUCAAGAUUGGUAUUGUUAUACAUUUGAUGGUUAUCCAUGUUCUUAUCCAUAUAAGCCAUUUAUAUCAUUGUAUGAACAGUAUGAUCUUACAUAUGCAAUUGCUUAUACGUUUAAUUUAUAUCUUGAUAUUAAUAAUGAUGAUUAUGAUAAUCAUCUGAAUCAAUGUUUAGCUAUUACAACAUUAGCAUUAGUCAUACAACAACAAUGGACACGUAAACAAAUUCAACAAUAUAUUAGAGCAUAUUCUAUGUUGCAUAAAAGAUGUGGAGAGAAUGAAUUGUCGUCAUCGUCAUCAUCAUCAACAUGA